CACAAAUAUUUCCUCGCAUAGAAACCAGAAGUCCUUUGGUUUAAUUUAAUUGAACAGUAUGACAUUUAGUCAUACAGAAGUGUUCGAACUAUGGGUGAAUACAGUCGGUAACAAUAAAUGUAACAUUCACUAAAAAAUGGCUAGUCCGCGGCAAUCGCCGAAUUUACAUCCGAUUAAAUUCACAAGAAACCCAGAGCUGAAGAAUAGCCCUGAUGAUAUCUCACAGCUGUUUCAGAACGCCGAAGACGACAGCUCAGAAACGGGAAAUAAACGAUCGUCAGUAACGUGUUCUUCUUGGUUUGGCGAACCUGAUCUUAUGGUAUACAAACUGUUUUAUCUAUUCUUUUACGCAGCAACGGCGUUAUUCGCCUAUCUACCUCUGUACUACAAGAAAUCACUCUUGUUAGACCAUCAUCAUGUCGGUAUAUUGAUGGGAAUUAGGCCAUUUUGUGGCUUUCUUGGGGCUCCUAUACUUGGCAGCUUCGCCGAUAAAUUUAACAAGUACAAGUCUACAUUAUACACCGGUCUUUUAACGUACAUCAUUGUUUAUCUAUCUAUAACUUUCGUAAACGGAGUGCCUAAAGAUUGUAAUGUUCAGGCGAGAAUAAACCACACUAAUACGUCUCAUAAACUUAUUGGGGAAACAAAGUUUUUGAAUGAGGAAAAACAAAGCCAGACUUUGAAAGUGUACAAUACAGAAAAAUUUGUCCAGCACUUGGCGAAUACAAUAGCACAGCGAAAUGAUCCUCUGCUGAAUGAUGAACAGUCUAGACCCUCAUUUCCAGAAUCAUCAAAUGUAGACAAAAGCGGUGGGAAUUGGAAACUUUUAGAUAAGCCGGUGUACUUCAGUGAAGAUGUGAAACAGCUGCCUCACGGGAGAGUUGUUUUUAAGAAGUUCAACUCUAAUGACCAGGUUAGGGUUGACACCAUGAACGUGGAAGCGAACAGUGGGGAUAUGAGAUAUGGGAUUCCAGACACUGGUGACAAUAUGACUCAGGUAAACUUUGGUUAUAUUAUUCAAAUUUUGGUUAUGUUAAUUGAUUUAAACUCUACUUCUACUGCGAAAUUUACCGUGUAAAUGCAAUAAAUAAUGCUAUUUUACUAUUCUUUUAUAUUACAGUAUACUUGCGAUUCAAAAUUACGGCGCGCCAGUAACUGACUAAUUAAACGUUCUUUAGAGCUUAAUUAUUGAUAUUGCCUAUUGGUUCCCGAGUGAAAACACCCUUUAAUUUUUGAAAUUGUAGAACUUAUUGCGGUUAAUGAAACGAUUGGUAUAUAUAAUCAGGUCACAAUUAUAACAAAAUAAUUUUAAUUUAAUUUAUUGUACGAUCAUCCCGACUAAAUUUUUUUUAAUUGCUUCUGACGUUUCGGCUACCUAUACGGCAGCCAUUAUCAAAGACGUAUUACAGUAUAGGUAUAGCCGGAACGUCAGAAACAAUUAAAAAAAAACAAUAUGGAUUAUCGUACAAUAAAUUAAAUUAAUGGAAGAACCCGGAUUCAAGCCCUUCAGUAAAAUAAUUUUACUUGCUUUUCAUUUCAUCCUUAAUUUUAAUCAGGGUAUGAUCACUGGCUUCUAUAGAAUGUAUACAGCUAAUUCAAAAAAGGUUGUCCUUCAAAAAUCUCAAACCUUAAACCCUAAGCGCGAAAGGUGUGAUACCUGUAGGUAACCUCUUACUUAAGACCUAAAACGUGCGGAUUUUGUAUUGCAACUAUGACAGGACAUGCAGAUAAUAAGCACUAUAAUGUAUAACUAUAGCAGUGAAAAUGCACUAUAGCAGUGUACUAGCAUUAUUAAUCAGGGUUUAUUUUAACGUGCAGUUCUACACAAAAUGUGCAGUUCUAAACCCAUUUGUGCAGUUCUUAAAACACAAAUGUGCAGUCACCAAACUAACAAAAAUAGCCUUAAAACAGUCUUCGCAUUUACUCGUCCUUGUGGAUGCUCCAGAAAAUUCCAGAAUUGCUGUCAUCAUGUUAAUUGAGCAUAAAAAAUAUAAACGUUUUCUGGGGGGGGACUCCAGACCCUCCUAGUUUCCUCACAAAUCACUUACGUGCUGGCGUAAUGGAAAAGAAGGUAAAAUUGGGGCGAGCGAAGCUACCCAAAAGAGAUUAGAGUGGGAGAACUUAAUAUUCAUUGCUGCCUCAAAUCCAAAUUUAAGGUUGUUAUAUAUUGAAUAUCCAUGAUUCCCAGUUACAUGUUUUGAAGCAGUUUUUGUGAGUGGUUGGGUAAACAAGUCUUUGCCAGAAUUAAGAGCCUCUAGAUGCAAAUUGUUUUGGGGGACACUCCCAAGCUCCCGCACCCAAAAUCGAGUUUGUCUGGCCUUUCUCCAACUCUCCCACCCAACCACACCAUUAUUCUGUCACCUAUAUGCAGGUUACCCAUUGCCUUCGUAACAUCCCUAUAUGUGCAGUUCUACAUUUUUCUUAAAAUAAACCCUGCAUUACUUGCACAAUCAAAAGCCUUAAAAAGAAGUUACCCAUCACUCUUAGCGCUUAGAGUUUAAGGUUUGAGAUUUUCGAAGGACAACCUUGUUUGAAUUAGCUGUACAUGACAGCUAACAAUGACAAACUGAAACAUGAGUAUAAUGCCAUGUGUUUUUUCGACGCAUCAGUACCACAUGAUUUAACAAUUUGUUUCUGUUACAAAAACAGUGAUUACCACUAUAUAUAGAGAGUCUGCAUGCACUUAUCUGAUGCAGCAUGAGACGUCCCACCGAGCCUAACCUUAAUCGUAACUUUUACGUGAAUCUUUGGUGUGACUCACGCGCUAUAUAAAUAUCAAUUGAGUGCAGAAUUUAGUGUUUUCCGGUUACACUUUACAGUGUAUGCAUGCAAAGAAUUGUGAAUUGAUCCAAAGGCACUUGGUGGAAUUUAUCAUCAUUUUUUUCAUUUUCAAAAAAGGUUUACAUAGCCUAUAGAUACUCUUCAUCACAAGAUGCUUUAAAAACUUGAAAAAUGAAAACGUAUUAUAUAAAUUAAUAUAUUACACGUAAGUUAAGGAAUAAAAUUGCUUUAUUCUAUAAAUCAUAUGAACCAAUGUUGGCCUCUUAUAAGCCUUAACAAUCCUUGAUGGAGUGUGCAGUUGACGUAUUUUCCAACUCCAAAUUAAAGCCAACGCUUGGAGCAGCUAGUUUUGCUCAUUCCUGCAUGUAUACACUCGAUGGUAUUUACCGAAGGCAUGCACAUUGAGGGUGUAUAGCGAACCCGCUACCAACCACAAAAGGCAAUCAACUAACUCGCCUUCUCUGGGGAAAAUGUUUGACCACUAUACAUUGAGAAUUCUACGCAAUGCAUAUAUCACGAAACUAAAUAGUACCUUGCCGUAGUUGCUUUCUGUCUCGUGUUGGUUAAAAAUAAUUAAUUUACAUUAUAGAAUUCAAAAGGUAUUUUGGAAAACGAAUAAACCAAGACUAAUAAUUAAUAUGUACUUCAAAUACACAACUUCAUCAUGUAUUCAACUUUUAGGAAAUUGGUGAUUAUGACCAAUAUUGGCUGUAUGCACCUGAAACAGCUGGCGAAGAUACAUGGCCAAUUGAUGUUUAUCGGAAUGAGCCGCACAAAAACAGCCCAAAAGAAGACAAGAAAAUUCGUAAUCAUAUCUUCUUAAUCAUAUUACUGUUAAUGUUAACGGCUGAAUUGAUCGGUGCUCCAAUCCUCAGCCUUGCAGAUACGGCUACGCUUCAAACUCUAAAGAAAGAGCCAUAUAGAUACGGUCGUCAACUAGUCUGGGCCGCGGUUGGGUUUGGAAUCAUGUCUAUUAUUACUGGAAGUGUUUUGCACUAUACCGUUUCCAAAAAAGAUGAAAUCAAUAAUUGCCCAGAAAAAAUGGGAGAAAGAUACAAACCGGUGUUUUACAGUUGUUGUGCGUUGCUACUCAUUGCAUUUUUUACAACAUUCAAAUUCAAAUUCAAGACCUACGAAGGAAAAGAAAAUGGUCGCUGUUCCUUCUUUGAUUGUAUAAAAUAUUUUAAUAAUGUUGAGUAUCUUUUGUUUGCUUUUUUGGCAUUUUUUACAGGUCUCAGUGCAGGGUUGACGGACAGUUUUUUAUUCGUGCACUUGAUUCGCCUUGGUGCUACGCCAUUGGUAUUGGUUGUCACGACAACGGUUCAGAGUGUCUCCAAGGUGAUCUUCUUUUACCUUUCACCAAUGCUGAUACUCAAGUAUGGCUACUUCCCGAUUAUUUAUGCAGGAAUGUUGACCAGCGUGGUCACAUUCUUGUAUUAUUCGUUCUUGAUUUCACCGUGGAUGGUCGUACCCAUUGAACUUCUCUCCGGACUUUCGUAUUCAUGCGUGUGGGCGACGCUCGUCAGUUAUGUCGGUGCUCCUCCAAAAAUCGGCGCUACUUUGCAAGGAAUUGUACACUCCCUGCAUAUUGGUCUUGGACGAGGAAUAGGCGGAUUAUUUGGAGGAAUGAUAUUACUCCGCUAUGGAUUUGAUAUUCUGUUUCAAUCUUUCAGUCUUACCAUCGUGAUAGUGGUCGCAGUUGUUUCCUUGGUGCGUUAUCGUAGGAAAGACGAAGUUGAACCAAUUUGGUCCAAACUCUGGGAUUACUCCCCAGUCGCGCCUUAUGACACACUCGCGGACGAAGAAUAGUCAAUUGCCCUGAAUUUUCUAUAUAGGUAAUUUAUAGAGAAAACUAUAACAUACAAAAUUUGAAAUUUUGUUUUAAUGAAAUAUACAUUAUUUACUGAAAUACAAUUGGACUAUUUUCAUAGUUCUUUGCUGUGGUCAAUAAAAUACUGAAAUUGGAUCGGAAGAUAUUAUGUACCACACUUCGUUGCAUAAUUGUUUCUCGACUAUUUUUUAUCUUUGACUGAAGUCUAACAAUUUAACUCUGGUUUAUCGUUCAAAACACAUAUUCUUGACAGCUAGCUUUAAUAGUUACAUAAAAACAUUGUAAAAUUUACUUUCUACAUUCGACUUAAUUACACCAGCAAAAACUUAAUCAGAGAGUAAUUUAACCACAGCAGUUACGCUUUUCCCGCUUUGGUUUAUUUUUCUUCGUUUUGAAUAUUUUGAAAGACUUUUAGACAAUCUUUUGUUUGAAACUUCGCUCUCGUAGCAGCUUCGUAGGGCAAUACGGGAAAUCCUGCCUCGACAGCGGCCAAUUAAAUUGCGCGAUUUAAGACUCCUAAUAUAUAUUUUAUUGGAAAUCAAUACAACACAAACCGAACAACCCCCUAAGACCGAUCGUCACAAGUAUUGGCACGGCAUUUUGCAAAUUUUUCACAGCAAUUCUAUCACCUCUGCAAAAUCAAAAUGUUUACACUAUCAAUAUCGAUCUCCGCAGAAUUCGCGUCUAAAAUCUCCAGCGUGACCAUGCAUGGAAGCAGAGGAAAACGUGGCCAUUAAUAUUCAAAUUUCCCACCAAAAUAUUCAAAUAUGGCGGCUAGCGAUGUCUCUUCGAAGUUAUCUAAUCUAAACUUAGGCGAGGAUAACAAUGAAAUGGAGAGACCAUUUUUGGAACCGAGCUUUGGCCGCUAGGAAGUUUAAUUUCGAGCCUACCUGGCUUGACGCGACAUGGAAGGCCGAACAGAAACCAAAUUUCGGAAUGCGAAAUUUGCACUAAGCCGCGGUUACCGCGGUAUUGCAGAAUAUUACACAAUAUACUAGCUCCACCAGUACUGCAUAUUUUGUAUACAUAUAUGCUUUACAGUGUAUACUCAUCUACUAGGCCUAUACAUGCACAAUAUACAUGUGACAAACAUGUCAGUCAAAACUGCAUGUAUAUUCUCGCCGCAAUCUCACUUUUAUCAACUUGCUAUAGUAGUAUAGCUAGUUUAUAUAGGCCUAUAUUGUGUAUAUAGUGUAUAAUCUAUAGACUAUAGUAUACAUAUACAAAAUAUACACAAUAUACAUGUCUAUAUUUAGACAUAGUCAAAACUGUAUAUACUG